CUUCUGAUCCGCGCGUCCGUACGGGUGUUUGUUCUUAAUAAUUAUACGUUUAUACCUUUUGAAAAUGCGAUAAGUUUAAUUGUUUAUACUUUCUGAUUUGACAUUGGUGUGUGUUGUGAAAUGCCAUUAGCUUUCAUUUAUAAACUAUGAGAUUGUGUUUUUCUUUGUUGUACUUCAAUAGAAAAAAAUAACAAAAAAUUUUGUUAGUUGUGAUUUAAAUGCAAAAUCAAGCGAAUAUAUGUAUUAAAAUUUUUAAAUAUAUAUUCUUUUUUUAUUAUAUCAUAGUUAAACCAGAAUAUACGUUUUUUAUUUUAAAGAAUACUUGUUAUCCACGCACGCAAAAACAGAAAAUGAUAUAUUUUUUUUGAUACCAGACUGCGUAGAAAUAGGAUAGAAAGUUUAGAUGUUGUUUAGUUUUCUUAUAAGCGAAUAUUUAGUUAAGAUUUUCGGUACUUAGUUGUUAAUGCGUGGUUCAAGGAAUCGUUUUUGGAAUGGUCUUGAGUUUUGGAAGGGAUAAUGUAUAAUUAGUAUCGAUUUUGUACUCAGAUAAAAUCUAAUCUAAUGUUUAAUAAUACUAACGUAAUCAUAAAUCGGUUAAACUCUUUUCAUCGCCAAACCAAACACUGAUUAGAUUAAUAUAGUCAAUGUUUGUCUGAAUACAAAACAAAGAUAUACAACAUGUUAAUUUUACUAUGCUAUCCGUACAUAAUAAUAAUGAGGUUACUUUGCUUAAGAAAGCUUUGAUGUGAAUAUUCUCGUCUAUCAUUGUUUUUCAUUCAAGAACAUAUUUUUUUAAGUUUUGGUUUAACACAUAUUUUUCACGGUAUAAAACUAUGAUUGAUCGUUUGGUUCAAAAACAUAUUUAGCACGGUUUGGUUUUUAGAAUAAUGUAAAUAUUGAUAUGAAUUGGGCAAUGUAAGUGUAAUAAGCCCAAAAUAAUAUUCGUCGAAUAUUGUGUGUAACAAACGGAUAGGAACGGCAUAAGUAUAAGAAAUUAAUGGGUUAGAGAAAGUGUUAAACUAAUGUGUUUUGAUCAGUGGCAUAAGUUAUUAAUUAUUGAGAAAAAUUCUGAGUUUUUUUAUUUUUGUACUCUUGUUUUAAUAGAUUAAGAUUAAAGAAGCGUAGAAGGAAAGCAAAAGAUAGGCAUCUUUUCAAAUGUCAAUGUACUUGCUUGAUUAUAAAGUUUAUAAUUCAAAAUCUAUACGUAGCUAUAUGUGCAUGUAUACACAUCCGUGUAUAAAUACGGAUCACAUGAACUCGCAUAAACUCAAAAGGGAUGAACCCUAAAUUUUACGUCCUUCUUGUGUUAGCCGCUGUUUUGGCCACGACCGCAAACGCUGGCGGACCAGUUCUCGACACUGAUGGUGAUUUCAUACUCGACGGCGGCAGUUACUACGUUCUCCCCAUCUUCUCCGGUGGCGGUUUAACUCUCACCCCCCGUGGUGGCAACCAAUGUCCCCUCUAUCUCGGACAGGAAUAUUCAGAUGUCAAUAGGGGUAUUCCCGUAAGAUUUUCAAACUGUAGGUCUAAAUUUGGGUUCGUUCUCGAGUCAGUUAACCUCAACAUCGAGAUGGAUGUCAAAGCUACGAUCUGUGUUCAGUCAACUUAUUGGUGGGUCGCUGAGUCCGACAUAGCCAUCAAGAAGUUCUUUGUAGUGGCUGGUCCUAAGCCAGAACCUGGAGAAGAAUCGUUGAAGAGCUUCUUUCAGAUCAAGAAAACUAAAUAUUUUCAUAACGGCUACACAAUUGCGUUUUGUCCUAACGAUAAUGAUUGCAUAGAUGUCGGGAUAUUUAUUGACGAAUAUGGCGUUUGGCGUGUGGCUUUAAGCCCUACGCCAUUCCCGGUUAUGUUCGUGAAAGCUACUGGAACAGAGACUUCGUCCAAGACUAUGUAGAUUCGUAAUUUCAAAAUUAAGUAGAUAUAUUUGCGUUCACAUUUUUGUUUUGUUCAUCAAUCAUCAUAUAUGGAAUAAAACAUUGUUCAUCUGUUUCGUUUUUCUCUGUUCUC